AUGUCAUCAGCAUCGUUACAUACUGAACAGCUUACUAGCACGCAACUUUACGAUCGUAUCAAUCAAAGAGCUCGUUUCAAACAGCGAUCGCAUGAUACACAUACUCAAACACAUCAACCACAAUUAGAGAGUCCUACGUUAACUACUUCUUCUGUAUUACUAUCAUCUCAAUAUCUACCACAGAUUGAUAUUGUUCUUCUUGGUAGUUCUAUGCUUGAACGCUUUAAAACUACAGGAAAAGACAGUCGAAUUGGUCAAAUGCAGUAUCCACAACUUUUUAAUGCAGGUGUAGGAGGAGACAAGAUUGAAAAUGUACUUUAUCGCAUCAAUUUGGGUUUACUUCGAUUGUUAAAACCUAGAAAUCCGACAGUCUUCGUAUUGUACUUAGGUGGUAACGAUAUUCAACCGAAACAAGCAUUGACACAUCAAAAUCUCGAUGAUUACUGUCUUCUAUUACAAGCUCUACUUAUGACAUGGUCUACUCCACCUCAAAUACUUGUUACAGGCUUAUUUAAACAAAAAAAAGUAGACGAACAAUAUAUUACACAAUCGAAUACAGCUCUAGAAGAACUUGUCGUAAAGACUAAUAUAGCAGAAAUGCAAAAGCAUGCACAACAAGAUCAUUGGGUUCAUUGGAUGGAGCCGCCUAAACAGAUUGGACUUAAGUAUCUACAGGACGAUGUGCACUUAAAUACUGAUGGAUAUCAAAUAUGGGAUGACGCCUUGUACCCAAAAAUUCAAGAACUACUACAUUUACAUAACUCUAAAUAG